GGGCGCAGUCUUGUGACGGGCCGCCCGCCCUGAUCCCGGCGGGGCGCAGGGCACAGCGCAGCGCAGCAGGAGCGGGCAGGGCACAACAGGGCACAGCACAGCACAGCAGGGCACAGCGCAGCAGGGCACGGCCGGGCAGGGGCCGCUCCGUAUCCCACCUCCCGCCGCCUCGGGGGAUCUCGCUCCGGCGCCCCCGGGCGGGGCGGAGGGCGGCGCCCGGCAAGUUGGUGGCCGAGGCGAGGGCGCCGCUUCCUCCUCGCUCCGCUCCGCUCCUCGCCCAUCAUGGACAGCAAACCGCUGCUGCAGGAGCGGCCGCCCGCGUACAGCCCCGCCGCUCCGGGCGCGGGGUACGACUACGGGCACAGCAACUACGGCGCCAUCCCCGCCCCGCAGCCCGGCUUCCAGCCGCCCCCGCCGUACCCGUACCCGGGCGCCGCGGCUGCCGCAGGUUAUGCUGUUCCUCCACCGACAUCACAGCCGAGCUAUUCGAGCACAUACACCAUCAUCCAGCAGCCCGCUGCCACCACAUCUGUAGUAGUCGUUGGAGGCUGCCCUGCCUGCAGGGUCGGCGUGUUGGAGGACACCUUCACCUGCCUGGGCGUUCUGUGUGCCAUCGUGUUCUUUCCAAUUGGGAUCCUGUUCUGUCUCGCACUGAGGCAGCGAAGAUGCCCCAAUUGCGGGGCGGCUUUUGGCUGAGUGGGAUGAACGUGGAUGUGCUAUGGAAGCUACAACUGUUAGCGUACUCUUUCUAAUGUAAAUGUCAUGUACAAUCAUUUUAUUUGCUUCAGACCUGUUUUGUAAAGUGUGAAGAAACUUAGUAUCUUGCAUGUAAUUUAAACUUAAUCUUUCAUGAGCAUGUGCAUUGCGAAACAUGAAAACCAGACUUGUUUUCCAUGUUUAGUGGCACCUCUUGAAAACUAAAUAAAACUGCUUUUCCUUUUGCAAUCCUCAA